AUGUGGGUCUUCAACACGGAACCGCUCAUGCUACGAUUACCUCGGUCGAGCCCAAGGACGCCACAAGCAUGUCUCAAAAGAGUUUCGAGCGGAUUGAACAGUGAAGGAGGGACCACAAACCGCACGAUUCUAGACGAAAGACUGAGCGUUUCGCAAGAACAUGCAGCGCCGCCGCCAUAUGACUUCAUGAACCUGAUGCGACCUCUUCACGCUACUGGGUCCUUCUCUCGGAGCAAAUACCUUGUCGAGUUCGCUCAACGUCAGCGGCUCCUCAUCGAUCAAGGCUGGCCUUCUGACAUGUUACUUGGCUCGGCUGACAUUGAUCUGGACGUCGUCUUGAGUGACUCCCCCUUGGAAGUAUCACCUGUCCAAGUAGCUCAAUGGGUCGCUGUGGAAACAAAGUCCUUUGACUCUCUUGGCUUUCCCGAACGGCUCGGCUUCAUCUUCCUGAUUACCCGCUUUCUCAAAGUAAGGGAGCCUCGGAUAACGAUUGAAGAACGUCAGUACUGA